AUGCUUCAACAGAAAAAUCCCGGGACGUUGACAGAUUUUGUCACUGAGGAAGAUCGAUUCAAAUAUUGCUUUUUCUCACUCGGAGUUAGUAGAAGAGGGUUUCGUACAUGUCGUCCUGUGUUAUGUGUGGACGGUACCUUUUUAAAGACAAAAUAUGGUGGGCAGAUGUUAUGUGCAGUCGCACUGGAUGCAAAUAACCAUCUAUAUCCAGUUGCAUUUGGUAUUGUGGAUAGUGAGAAUCAUGAUUCUUGGAAGUAUUUCAUGUCAAAGCUAAAAGAAGCGAUUGGGGAAGUCGAGGACCUGGCGUUUGUAUCUGACAGGCAUGCAAGUAUUACACAUGCCUUGGAAACUAUUUUCCCCGAUGCCUAUCACGGUGCUUGCUACCACCACAUUAGUAUGAAUGUGGUUGCUAAAUUCAAGACUGAUCAUUGUCAUGUGUUGAUGUAUAAUGCGGCAUAUGCUUUUAGGAAAUUCGAGUUCCACGCUAACUUCGAAAAAAUAAAAUCAAAAGACCCAGCCAUUGCUCAAUACCUAGAAGGAAUGGGUUUUGAUAAGUGGUCCCGUGCUUACUUUCCUGGAAAUAGGAGAGAAACUAGCGAGAAGACAACUACCACUCUUGCACCGACCUAUGAGAAAAAUUUGGUGGAUAUGGCUGAGAAAGCUCGAUUCUUGAUUCCUUAUGCAAUAGGGAGGCAUGAGUUCCAUGUGUUAGAUGGUGAGCUAAAUGGUGAAGUCGACCUCCUGAAUAAGACAUGCACAUGCGGCGUGUUUCAGAUUAUUGGUAUUCCAUGUGCUCAUGCACUAUCUGGAUCCUUUAAGCGAGGGGUGAACUUUUAUUCGUUGUGUUCAGAUUACUAUAAAAUUGAGACAUGGAGGUCCUCUUACACAGAAUCUAUAUAUCCUACUGGUAACGAGGAAGAGUGGAUUAUUCCACAUGACAUUAUGACAAUAACAGUGAGAACACCUGCGCAGAAAAACCCGGUUGGUCGUCCAAAGAAGAAACAAGGUAGGCCUAAGACGAAACGCCAUCCUUCCAAUGGAGAUAAAUUGGUUGUUCCAUGCAAGUGCAGCACUUGUGGAGGUCUAGGCCAUAAUAGGGCAACUUGUAAAGUUCGUGUUUGA